AUGUCUUCCUCAUCGAGUGAUGAAGUAGAUGAAGCUAUAGAAGAAAUGGUCGACCAAGUUGUUGAUAAUUACAUCGAUUCGGUGGUUAAUGUUCAAGCCAAGAGACGAGCUUAUAUCGAAAGAGAUCGGGAACGAGGACACAAUCAACUAUGGAACGACUAUUUCAUCGAAAAUCCAACAUACCAACCGGAAAUGUUUAGGCGGCGUUUUCGAAUGAACAAGCCGUUGUUCCUUCGCAUUGUCGAAAGCCUAAGCUCUGAAGUUCCAUACUUUCAGCAAAGAAGAAAUGGGCACGGAAGGUACGGGCUAUCUGCACUCCAAAAGUGUACGGCGGCUAUACGUAUGCUGGCAUAUGGUCAAUCGGGAGAUACGUAUGACGAAUAUCUCCGACUUGGAGAAAGUACUGCACGUUUAUGUUUGGAAAAUUUCACUGAUGGGAUAAUGGAAUUGUUUGGAGAAGAGUAUCUGAGAAGACCCACACCCGAUGAUCUUCAACAUUUACUCGAUAUUGGAGAGGUACGCGGUUUUCCAGGGAUGAUAGGCAGCAUCGAUUGUAUGCAUUGGGAGUGGAAAAACUGUCCUACGGCUUGGAGAGGACAAUACACACGUGGUUCAGGAAAGCCGACAAUUGUCUUAGAAGCUGUGGCAUCUCAGGAUCUGUGGAUAUGGCACGCAUUUUUCGGCUUACCAGGUACUCUCAACGAUAUCAAUGUUCUUGAUCGCUCUCCUGUUUUCAGUGACAUUUUAGAGGGUCGAGCACCUAAAGUUAAUUUCAAGGUCAACAACCACACUUAUCGUAUGGCGUACUACCUUACUGACGGAAUUUAUCCGAAUUGGGCAACAUUUAUCCAAUCCAUCUCGCUUCCUCAAGGUCCUAAAGCAGAGCUAUUUGCUCACCGUCAAGAAUCCACCAGAAAAGAUGUUGAACGGGCUUUUGGAGUAUUGCAAUCAAGGUUUGCAAUAGUUAAAAACCCUGCUCUACUUUGGGACAAGGUUAAGAUAGGAAAGAUUAUGAGAACUUGUGUCAUUUUGCACAAUAUGAUAGUAGAGAACGAACGAAGCGGAUACGCUCAAAUUGAUACAUCUGAGUUUGAGUCAGGGGAGUCGAGCAGGAGUUCCCAGGUGCAAAGGACAACAAGUAUGAAUAUCGGUAAUAUGCGUGGCAUUCGCAAUGAAGUUCGGGAUUCACAGAUACAUGAUCGUUUGAAAGCUGAUUUAGUUGAAAAUGUAUGGCAAAAGUUUGGUAAUGUCGAUGAAUAA